UGCAAAAUUCCGAUCACGUGGAUAGCACUGCCACCAUUAUUCUGCAAACUCCAUGCAGCACCAGACCGGCAACAUACUUAUUCACUCAUAACAUGGCGGCAGCAACUAUACCAAAAACUUCCUGGGCAGAUGAUGUCGACGAACUUGAUCAACCAAAGAUUGAGGAUUAUGUAGAUGAGAAUGGACUCCGUGUCACCACUGAGUAUGCUAUAAAUGAUGAGGGAAAGAAGGUCAAGAUAACCCGUAAAAUAAAACGGACGCUUCAAAAAUCCGUCGUCGAGCAUACAGUUGCUGAACGGAAGAAAUGGGCCAAGUUUGGCAAGGAACGAGGGAACAAGGAAGGGCCAGAUCGAGCGACGACCACAGUGGGAGAGAAUGUGGCUUUGAAAAUUAGCGCAGGAAAUAAGACCUCCGAGCCGGAGGUAACGCCCGAGCAAAAUAUCAAAACCGAACUUGCAAAGGCCGGUGCAGGCAAGGUUAUCUGUCGUCUUUGCAAAGGCGAUCACUUCACCGCCAAGUGCCCAUACAAGGACUCUCUAGCCGGUCUUGAAACCGCUGACCUACCACCUGCUGAUGAUGCGGCCGAUGCACCUGCACCUGCAGCCAGCGGCGCGACUGGCGGCAAAUAUGUGCCACCAUCAAUGCGUGGUGGCGCUUCUCGUCCUGGUGAAUCCAUGGGACGCCCAGGCGGAUCUCGCGAAGACCUCCCGACACUUCGUGUCACCAACAUAUCUGAAGACACGCAAGAAACCGAUCUUCGUGAGCUUUUCGGCACGUUCGGGCGUGUAGCGAGGGUCUACGUCGGCCGUGAUAGAGAGACGGGUAUCGGCAAAGGCUUCGCAUUUGUGUCCUUUGAUGAGCGCGCUAUUGCGCAGCGGGCGAUGGAAAAACUAAAUGGCAAAGGCUAUGACAAUCUCAUUUUGAGCGUACAGUGGUCACAACCAAGACCGGACGGUCGCUGAGCGCCGAGCCCCAGUGAGAGUCGACAAGAAUGAGACGGGAGUGUAGCGAUAUAUAUCAACCAACGAUAAGGCUCUGGAUCUCAUCGACUCGUUUCGAAAUUUUGAGAAAAACCGGGCACUUUUUGGAAAAGAUGAAGAUCGAGAGGUGAUAUUCUUGCUCGGUUUGUGUGUCGAAAAGGCUUCGGUCUCUAAUGCAAAUAAACCGAAAUAAGUAUCGACGGGUAGGUUAUUUGCUACUCGCCUUGUCUCGCCCGCCACGGUGCAUGCACUACAGGAAGCUUCAAAUAUUUGAGCUUAUUUCCGAUAACAAACGAGAGAGAGAAACCGACGAUACACCAGACUUUGACGCGCUUUUACAUAAAUUUGUCGACGGCAAAAUAUCGACGGAUAGAGAUUAUUUCUGACGAUAAGUCGAUGAUUUUCGAAUCAUUGAAUUAUAUCGGCGUCCUUUUCUAUACUUUAUGCAUGUAAGCUGCUACUAUGAGG